AAUCCCGAGUAGCUUCUUCGAGGAUUUAAACUUUGCUUGGCCCCUAGAGCUGAGGGCUAGUGACAAGUGUUUUGGUCUGUUUUCCAGUGCUUGCUUUGUAUCGAGGCCGCGAGAGACCGAGCAGCAAAUUGCGAAAGCCAGCGAAAAUGGCAGCGAUUUUGCGACGGGCCCUCCUCUGUCCCCUGGUUUUCCUUAACUUCUUCCUCUAUAUGAUCCUUCUCGGCAUAGCAGGGGCCAAGCUGAAUGAUAGCUUUGAGCGUGGUUUCGUGCCGGGAGGAAAUGGAAUCACGGUGACACUGGUGAUCUUCGCGUUGAUUGCCGGCGUUGUUGGAGUUGCGUCCUCGCUCGCGGGGAUGCAUCACUUGGCAGCUUGGCGAACGGAUAGCUUUGCAGCGGCUGGAGCGGCUGGUCUCAUCGCGUGGCUUCUCACACUUCUUUCUUUCGGAAUCGCAUGCAAGCACAUCAGGAGAGGUAGAAUCUACAGCAAGAGUGUGAGGGCGCUCGAAUCCAUUGCGAUAAUUCUCGCCGGAACGCAGCUCUUCUAUCUCCUCAUGCUCCACACGGGCAUCUUUAGCCGGAGGCUCGGCGGGUACAAAGAGCCCGGCUAUGUCGCAACGAGGUCGGCCCCGACCGUGGAGCUCCCGCCCACAUCGUCCGAGGCCACACAGAAACCCACCGUCGCCUCCGCGGUCUAGAGCGCAAAAAAGAUUCAUCCCAAAAUCUUGGAGGAAAGAUCACUGGAAGAAGAUAGAUCAUCUGAGUGUGUUUUAAACAUUUCUUUUUUACCUUUUCAGUGUGUGGAAAUACAUUCUUUCGUUUUUACUUUUACUUCA